AUGACAUUCCGGCUCCUGAAACUACCCUUAUUAGCAUUCAAAAAUAUUCUGAGCUACUGGAAUCCCGAUGAGAUAUUUGAUUUCUCAUUAAUCUCAAAACGCACCAAAUAUCUCACGAAGUCGCUCACUCAAAAAUCCACAUCAGCAACAAUAUUUUUUGAUCCAAAACUUUAUGUUAGACUUGUCUUCCAGCUCCAACCGUAUAAUGAACACUGUUUUGCUCUCAACGAUGGCUUCCGUCAUUUCCGCUUUUCGACUGAAAACGUAAUCGAAGGAUUUUUGGACGUGUUAAAGCAUCUAUUGAAUAUAUUCAACGCAUCUGUUAAGACAAUUCACAUUGAUGCAAAAUUGGGAGAAAAAGAUAUGAAUUUGAUAUUCAAAUAUAUCAACAAUCUGGAGCAAGAGUCUAUUUUGAAAUUAUACUAUAAUUGCGACAAAACAAAGCAAAUCGAUUAUUUAUUGCAGUCUAACAAAAAACCAAUCGAAGUCUUAGAAUUAUAUGCUAUACGUGAUAAGACCUACGUCCGCGAAACCAUCUCAGACUCAUCUCCCAUUCAAUUAUACAAGUGUUUAAACACUAUCUGUUUGAGUGAUGGAGAUCUACUAACUAUGCUCAAUACUGUGGAAAUGGACAUUCGAAAAAGUGUAUUGACCAAUGAAUAUUUGAACAUGUUUUUAAAAAGUUGGACAUCAGGACGCACGAAUUCGAGAUUGAAGCUGGCGUUUUUUAGAGUGAAAGAGACAAUCAACUUACGAACUAUUCUAAAAGGAAUUCCAGUUGUCAAACGAGAUCCAAGAAACACAAAGAGAUAUUUUGAAACACAACUUUGGGGAGGAACAUAUUCAAACUGGAUAUUCGGUGGCUAUGACAUUCAACUGAGUGACGGUAGGACUGCAACACUGCAAUGGCACAAGUAUAAAAGAAACAGUGACUGCUCGCCAGUUCCAGUGAGAUGGAUUCAGAAGUAUGAAGAUGUUAAUGAGAUGGAGGAUAAUAUUGAUUUCGAUGCGAGAGAGAACAGGGUUGAAGAGCCGGAAAAUGAGGGAGAACCUGUUAAAGAGCAUAAACCAUAUUAUCUUCAAAUGUUAUCAAUUAUUGUUUGGUGA